AUGUCCUUGUUCUUGAAUAGGGAUGACAUAAAUAGAAUGGAAAGUCAUAACAAAAUCAUGAAAGACGAAGCGUUUAAAACGCAACAGUCCAUUCAGAUUGUACCUCACAGGGUUAAAUUCCCCUUAAUACUAUGCUGCUGGUUCAUUUCGGCUGUAACGCUAACAUCAAGUUUUGUUUCACCCCAACAUGCCCAUCGUGUAGCUCUGAGGGAAAACAGCAGAGAGCCUCGAGUGGGGGAGACCGAUGACAGCGAUCAGGUCACCUACAAACUUGUCAUGACGGCUACUGAAACCCUUCUUCGAGAGUGUGGGAGCUUCUACGAAGCGCAGAAAACGGGGCAAGUGGAGGAGCACCGAACACAAUACAAGCCGCGCAACACUCAAGGAAUUUCUUGUGGAGAGGAACCCAGUCAAGGCACGAAAGCCUGA